AAAUUCUCAUUCAUUAUUGCAACGGCUUCUGAGCACGACGGAAUUUUUGUGAAAGAUUUUAUAUCACUUUUUAUAAAUUAAGAGAAAAGUUAUAAACUUAUAGUGCUAUCUUUUUGUUUUUUGUUAACAAGUUAUUCUAGAUUUAUCGAAAAUGUUUUGGGGUUUGAUAAUGGAACCAAAUAAACGAUACUCUCAAGUUGUUGAGAGAUCGUUUCAUCUUUCAAUGGCCAGUUUAGAUGUCACAAGUGCCAACGACCAACCAGUUCAAGUGAUGCUGUGCUAUGAAAAUCGGAAUUAUUUACUCUGCACGCUAAAAAAAGGAUCACAUUAUCAAGUGCCUUUGGACUUGAAUUUCCAGGAAAAUACGAAAAUAGCAUUCACAUGUAAUGGCUUUGGUCACGUGCAUCUAACAGGUUAUUUAACAUUGGACGAUGAGGAUUUCGAUUUUGGUGACUUGGAGGAGGAGGAAGACGAGGACGAGGAGGAAGAAGUUCCCCAAUUGGUAAAAAACAAAAGGAAAGCCGCAACAGAAUCACCACAAAAUAAUAAAAAGAAAAUCAAGAAACAAGUCGAAGCCGAAGAUGACGAAUCGUCUGACGAUGAUGACGAUGAUGAUGACAUGGAAGCUGAAUCAGAUUCAGAAAUUGAAGACAGUAAAUUAAUGGGCGAAGAUGAAGUAGACAGUGACGAAAGUGACGACGACGAUGACGAUGAGGAAGAUGAUGACAGUGAUGACGAUGAAUCGGAACAAGAAGUCGAGAAACCAAAACAACAGAAACAAAAGCAAAAUCAAAAUCAAGUUAAUAAGAAACAAGAGAAACAGAAAAUGGUUAAUGGAAAGGAUACAAAGGUCGAUGGAAAACAGAAGAAAAAUAAAACCGAACAAAAUGCUCAACAGCAGCAGCAGCAACAACAACAACAACAGAAGAGAAAAACCAUCGAGGGUGGAGUGCAAAUAGAAGAUCUCAAGGUUGGAAACGGUUCGCCCGCGAAACCCGGUAGAAAUGUUUCCGUCUACUACGUUGGUCGUUUGAAGAAUGGAAAGAAAUUCGACGAAACCAAAGGCGGCGAGGGUUUUAAAUUCAAACUAGGUGGUGGUGAUGUCAUCAAAGGAUGGGACGUUGGUAUCUCCGGAAUGAAAGUUGGCGGCAAACGGCGUCUCACGAUUCCCCCGGCAAUGGGAUACGGACACAAAGGAUCCCCACCAGUGAUUCCAGGUAACAGCACACUUGUAUUUGAAGUUGAACUGAAGAAUGUACAUUGAUAAAGAGAAAAAAAGUGACAAGGAUAUAUAUAUAUAUUAUUUUUUUUUUGUUUUUUUGUUUCCAUUGAUACAAAAUACUGUCUCUAAAGACUCUAUCAGUAUUUAACGGUAUCACUUUAAUCCAUUUUUAGGCUAAUUGAUUUUUAAUUUUAAUAUUUUAUUUUGGAGAAGUGAAUUUUUUAAUCAAUAUUUGAUAUUGAGACAAAGUUCCGCACUCAUUCCAUGCUGGUUAAACUAUAGUAUCUAUAAAAAUGUAACAUAUAUUUUCAAAUCAGGAUUGAUGAGAAUGCAUCUUCAUUAAUCUUUUGUAAUAAAAAAUUUAUUCAUUUUUCUCAUAAA